CCGGAAGUGGUCAUUCAGACGCUAGCACCAAAAGGUUUUAGCCAUUGAAGAAGCUAAAAAGCUAAUAGUUGGAGAGAGCAUCGAUUUACCUUUCAGCACUUAACAUUACACUUUAGAACACGUUUGUUCUUGAAGAGUUUGCUUCGCAUCAGUUCCGAAAAGACAUGGCUGCGGAUUGGUUGGGUAGCUUGGUGUCAAUUAACUGCGGGCCUACACUGGGAGUCUAUCAAGGAGAGGUAUCGUCUGUGGAUCAGUCCAGUCAAACCAUCUCCUUAAGACAGCCUUUCCAUAAUGGAGUCAAGUGCCCUGUUCCCGAGGUCACUUUCAGUGCUAUUGACAUAAAGGAACUAAAGAUUUUAGAUAUCAGAAAUGGCAGCGCUAGGACCGGCUCUUCUGCAUCUACAAAGGCAAGCAGUGCUCCAGUUGUGGUCCCAAAGGGCGACCCCAGGUCUGAGGAGAAGGUAAACUCUCCUCAGCACUGCUCUAAAAGCUAUGGGGAGCGUCAUCUGGAUGUUCCUGGCCAGCCUAAAGGAUUCCGUCGACGACACAACUCCUGGUCAUCUAGUAGUCGAGGGGCAAACCAAGUUACACCGAAAAAGAACGGGGUGAAGAACGGUCAGCUGAAGCACAGAGAUGAUGAGUGUUUUGGGGAUGGCGUGGAUGAUGGCCUCGACACAGAUUUUGAUUUUGAAGGAAACUUGGCUCUUUUUGACAAAGCAGCAGUUUUCUCAGAGAUCGACAUAUCAGAGCGCCGUAACGGUGCAAGGUCACGUGGGACGCCACAAGAGCAGACACCCUCACGAUACCGUCACGAUGAGAACAUCCUGGAGGCCAAACCUAUUGUGUAUAGACAGAUUACUGUACCGCAGCCCGGGGCCAAAGAAUACUGCACUGACUCUGGGCUUGUUGUACCCAGUAUAUCCUAUGAGCUACACAAGCGACUGUUGUCGGUCGCUGAGCGUCAUGGUCUUUCAUUGGAUCGAAGACUUGAAAUGACUGGAGUGUGUGCCAGUCAGAUGGCACUGACAUUGCUGGGUGGGCCCAACAGAUUCACUCCAAAAAAUUUACACCAGCGUCCCACAGUGGCUCUGCUGUGUGGCCCUCAUGUUCAGGGGGCUCAAGGCAUCAGCUGUGGUCGUCACCUGGCCAACCAUGAAGUGGAGGUCAUCCUGUUUCUGCCAAAUUUUGUCAAGAUGCUUGACUCUGUCACCAGUGAGCUCACACUCUUCAACAAAACUGGGGGAAAACAGGUGUCAAGUAUCAGAGACCUUCCAGACACCCCAGUGGACCUAAUCAUUAACUGCCUGGACUGCCACGAGAACACGUUCCUGAUGGAUCAGCCUUGGUACCGAGCAGCUGCAGACUGGGCUAACCAGAAUCGAGCGCCAGUACUCAGCUUAGACCCUCCUGUCAGUGGACAGGUUCAGGCAGUUGAGGCCAAGUGGUCUCUCUCUCUUUGCCUCCCGCUUCCCCUGGCUGAGGGAGCGGGCAGGGUUUACCUGUGUGACAUAGGUAUUCCUCGCCAGGUGUUCCAGGAAGUGGGGAUCAAGUACCAUUCUCCUUUUGGGUGCAAAUUUGUCAUCCCCCUCCACUCUGCAUAAUUGGACUGAAGGCCAGCAUGACAGAUUGAAUUUUUCACCAUCCUUGACCGUCUGGGUUUGGGCGCCUUAUAUUAGAGAGCUUCAGUUGUUUUUCAGUUUAUCACUUAAGUUUCUAACUCUUCAAUAUGUAACGGGAACUUUUCCCUCACACAGAAGGACAACUGUUUGGUACAUUAGUUCUACAAGGACUAAAUGUAUAUGGAUACAAAAUGAAAAAGCUUUCAAAUCGUUAUUGGAAAAACAGGUUGUCAUGAAAAUUACAGGCUUCAGCAAUUAUGUAGAUAUCACUGUAUUUACAUGAUAUUACAAGAUAUUUUAGGUUAUUAAAAAGUACACUCGAUGUUCAGUUUUAAAUUGAAUAGGACAAUCUUUGACUUAAAAUGGAACAUUUCCGGAUGCCAUUGUAAUCCGUCAUUCCAAAGCCAUGUGGUGAAUAAACAGAGAUCCACCAUAGAAUACAUGAAAAUACAAUGUUAUUACAUUAAUCUGGAUGAGCAAACCGAAAUCCAAUUUACAUCGAUGUUAAAAGUGCUGAUGGCCUUUGCUUACAGCCUUACAUACUUUGCAGCAUUCAGUAAAUGUUGUCUGAUAUUUUAUUAGGAAUAGAAUUUUCAUUCGAAUCAGAAAUUUCAUCUGAGCAAAUGUGGAAUAUUUUACAUUUAUGUGAGUAAUGCUGUGUUUUCGGACUAAAUCAGUGUUGAAACGGGCAGCUACUGGAGAGAAUCCAGACACCAGCAGUUUUUUUUGUCCAUGGUAAAUAAGGCUGUGGUGAUAAGGGCUCCGAUAAGGUUACAAAGCAUGCAAAACCUCUAGCAAUCUUGCCUUUUAGUGUUGAUUUGGGGGAACAAGUCUGGUAACUUAAUCUUAGUAAAACGGUAUUAGCUGAAGGGCCAUACCAGUGUCAUUAAAAGUUUAGGACCGGAAACUUUCAAGGUUUUUUUUUUUUUUCCAAUUCCAUCUAGUUUUUGGUUUUCAUUCAUUACUGUACUGUAUAAAAAUUAAUUAACGGACUCUAAAACUCAGUUAUAUUGUGUAAUCCCCCACAGCGAACAGUCGGUCUCCUGUUAGUUUGUCAGUGUUGUAUUAUAGUUGUGUGGUAAUGCAGUUGAAGCACAAAUUGAUUACAAAACUUUUUUCAACCCAUUCUACUGACAAGAAUGAAAGCAGACUUGAUGGUGGGUUGAUAACACAACUUGAGCAUGUUUUAGGGAGUAUGCUAAGAGUUUUUCAAAUUUUACAGAAAUGAAUAGAAGCCAAUGGAUGCCUGGAACAGUAGACAGAAUACAUCUAAAUUUCUAAAGCACAGUAGCUGGUUUGUGAUUUGGAAUAAACCACUGGUAUGGUCCCUCAAAUUUCAAACCGUAUGAUCACGUGUUUUAACCUGUCGGGUUAGAAUGUCAGUUUUUUGAUGAAAGUUGUGUUGGCUGACAAAACAUUGAGAAUCCUUUGUGUGUCAGAUUCAAAUGCAUUUUUCAUGUGAAUUGUCUUGAUCUGAAAUCAUAAAAAAUGAUCAAGAUGCACCAUCCUGCACCGAGUACCUUCUAUGGACCAAUUAGUUUGGGUCUUUGUGACGAGAAAUUUUUGAGAAUUUUUUUUUUUUUUUUUUUUUUUUUCCCUCCCCAGUUUGAGCUAAACCUGGAGAAUACCUGUUUAUGUAUUCGACUAUUACUGUUAUUGACCGUACAACUAAAUCAUAGACUGUGAAAUACUCAAAUACUUUAAGAGAAUAGCUGCUUGUUAGGUGCUGCUUUUUGAGGCCUUGAAAGAGGGGUCCGAGCCAUCUGUAAUACCAGUUAUUUUCGACAAUGAAAGUCAAACUCUUUGCUGGUUCUUUCACGAGACCACAUUAAUUUGAUAUUUGAUGUGUGUCCAGAAUGGGGGCAGCUGUGUUAAUUUAACAGACCUCUUUCGGACAUUCAUCUUGCAAACAUCAGCAUUUGCUUAAUUCUGAGGUGAGUUCUGUGUCAUUGAGGUCAGUGUAAUCUAGAAGAGGCUGAUUUCAAACAGUCCACACUUGCUACAGGGAGGUUACAAAUCAAGCACUCUUUGGGACAUGGUUUUUGGUGUGGUAUUAUGUCCGCACAUUAGCUUGUUUAACAUCUCAGGAGGAUUAAAAAUGCUAGUUAUAUUUGUUUCUUUUUCUAUGUACACACUAGUCUGCACGGGGUUUUUGCGCUGAUUCAGUGAAAAUGACUGUCAUGCACAAAUGUUUUGUCCUUUCUCCAACAUUCCUCUAGCCUGAUGUGUUACGUCACAUCUGUUGAGACAAGUCUGGCAUGGAAACAUCAGCCAGAGUCUGAAUGUGAACACAAGAUGAGUUUUGUUUGUCUUUGGCCGCCAGGGGGACAUGAAACCACACGUUUUCGUGGCUCUUCCUUGUUUUGCUGUAAUGGCAGUUUUAUGAACAUAAUACUAUUCCCUCAAUGAAAGGUGUUAUUUCUUAAAGAACUGUGAGCGGUCAGAAACCGUGUGGUGAUCUGGCUUUUGAUAGGGAAAGACCUGUUUUCAAAGUGAAAUCGUUUAAAAGCAGGUUAAGCUUCCUUAAAUUGAUUUAAUCAGUUUACAUCUUUCAAAUUCACCGACCUGCAGUGGGUGUGUAGUCCAUGCAAGGUCGGUUUGCAGUUCAGCAAAACACCCAUUAAAUAGCCAGUGGGGUUUUUUUUUUUUUUUUUUUUUUUUUGUCUAGACAGGAUAAGUGUUUCCUUUUGGGA